UUAACUUUCCCAGAUUUUUCCUAUUACUCGAUUUCUAAAGAAAUCCCGAACUCCCCCUCACCCAAUAUUCUCCCUUCUUCUACGAUUUUCUCCGAUCUUUCCGUCUUCGUUCGUCCAAUCUUUCCGUCUUCUUCCCCGAUUUUCUCACGCUCCGAUCUUCGUUCGUCCGCCGCUCGCUCGUUCCGUCUCACGCUCCACGCCUUAUGAUGUACCGAUAUAUAAUUUCCCCGAAAUCGUCGCCCAACCAAUGGAAUGUGAAACAGAAGACUCUCUUCCCUCCCUAGAUUCCCCCCCCCGACGAAAACUUCUCUCUCUUUCUCUCAUACAUUUUUCCAUCUCCGGAGCUGUUUCCUGCCGCCGUUACCUUCUGACUGGCUGUCCUCAGGUGCAAGAUUCAUUUCCAUUCUCAAUUGGCUUCUCAUCAGAUGCAGGCCUAAUUUGCUUAGGAAUAAAUAACGUACUAAUUCCCAAAGGCCAGCACAUUCCAAGUACUAAAAUUCUAUCAUUCCAGCGCAAUAGUUUAUUCCACUUGGAAGCAGUCUAUAGUAACCCGGAUGAACUACCUCCUGGCAUGUCUUCAAAAAUUGGUUGCUUUACAAUUUUUCCUUUCCAAGGCUCAAACAACUCGAAUUCAAGGGUUAAAGUCAGAGUUCAAUUAACUAUGAAUGGCAUCACUACUGUUGAAUCAGCUACAAUUAUAGAGGAUACUAUAGAUCAACAAAUUCCUAGGAGAGAUGCUACUCACUCGAACACAGAGAAGAUGGAGACCGAGUUUGUUGAUUCUUCCCAUUCAGAGUUGGUGGAUCCUAUAAUUAACCGAUACGAAAGAAGCUAGAGCACAAACUAAAGCACGUCAGUUAAAGCGUAUUUCUGACUAUAGAGACUUUGGGGAUUCAAUUUCACGUCAAGUUCGAGCAUUGGUCGUUCAAACUUAUCGAAGAAGAAAAUACCAAUCUGGAAGGUCGUGAAGGAUGCCAUCAAAAUUUAAAGAGGUGGAAUGCGUAACUAAUAAAAGUGAAACCAAAUUUGAAGCUUUUGGUGGCCAUUUGUUUUCUUUUCCUCUCUUUAAUUAUCUCUUCAUUCUUGACAGUGGCCAAUGAUACAUUACUUAUUGCCUUUUUGAGUUAUGAUUUCAAUUUUGAUUAUGUUCAAUUGCUUGAGAAUUCUGGAUUUCACAUCAAGACUUGGCUAUUACAUCUUCAAAAUUGAAAUUGUGCAUAAAGAAUGAAGUUUGUUAUGAACUUAUACUCAAGUUGUGAACUCCAAUCAUAAAAAUGAAAAACAAAAAUUAUAUGGAUAUAGAUUCACACCCAAAUUCAUUACAAGCUACUGCCUUUUUAUAUGGUAGUUGUUUUAUCUUCUAUGACACAGGAUUGGCUAGGCAACCUAAGUGGGGUCACUUGAGAGAUGUUCAUAAAGCUAUAAAGAUGUGCGAAAAAGCAUUAGUGAGUACAAAUCCUGUAGUUACUUCUCUUGGUCAAAAUUAGGAGGUUAGUUCUUCCAAUCAAACACUUUCAAACAAGAAAUACUUCUCAUUGAUAUAAUAAUAAAAACGAUACAAACUUUAAAAGGGACAGAAGGACAAAAAUACAAACAAACCAAAUACAACCAUAGAUCAUAUUAGCUAGGAUGGACACACCUUUGAAAACAAACAGACGUCAAACAAUAAUUAUUUGGAGUCAAGAUAGGUUAGGCCACUGAUCACAGUUGUGAUGACUUUAUACAAAGAAAGCCAAAUCAUAUGGAGGAAGAAAAUGGCAUAUUGUAGCUCCACCCGGUUUCACCUUCAGAUAUUUGAAAGCAAAAUGUUUUGGAUCCCAACCGGAGGUGUCGUUAUGGCAAACUGCCAAAACAUUGGCCCUCUUUCCAUCCUUAUCAAUAAAACCAACCUCAUAGACUCGCGUUCCCCGAUUUGAAUGGCAAUAAAACACGGCAUAUGGGUAUGUUUCCUUAUGGCAAAGAAGGUUGUUUACCUUCGACUUCUCCACCACCGUUGAAACUUGUGAAUACGUUGGGUUCAUUCCGUCCUCCACUGUAGCUGACAUUACCUUAACUUCCUUCCCCAUCUUCAUGAUCACCACAUCCACCAUGCUCUCUAAUGACGUUGCACAAUACCUUUCUUCCCCCUUGAUAGGAGGAACUUCACAAUCCAUAAUUGUGUUUUCUAUCAAUUUUGCUUCGUCGGUAUUGGGUUUUAUUGAGAAUCUGGCAAGGAUGUCUAAUAGUUUGUUCGAAGAAAAGGGAUAUUUGUUUGCAGCCACUCGCACCAAGAAAGGGGAAUUUUUUGAUGAAAUAUUUAGAAAAUACAAGUUAUAUGUUGAACCAAUAGAUAACAUAUUGUCUAAGAAGAAGAUGCUUGAAACAUUACUGUUUUGUGAAUGAGGAUGAUCGACAUACGCAUAUUUUUGACCAGCAUUUUCCUCAAUAUAAAGAGAUGGGCUUCCGUUGUGACUCUUCGGGGAGAAAAAGAAAUCUGCAAGGCAUGGUUACCCAUCAAAUCAAUAUUACUUAUUAAAACAUUUUUUUUAGAAAAAAAUGCACCUGGUUGAAGAAGAGCAAGAAUUGCUUUUGGCAGUGGAGUGGUAGGAAGCAUAGACUCCCAAUAUAAUUUUGGAGAGAUAGUAGUGAGGGCCAAACUAUGCCCAAUACCAAUAAUAGUGAUCUGUAGUUCAAAAAAAAAAAAAAAACAACAGUGAGAUUGAGGUUAUAAUGAAACGAAGAAGAAGAAAAUUAUUGUGUAUUGUUGAUUACCAAUAGAAACAGGAUGUUGAAAGACUCCAUUGCUUGAAUGAUGAUGGAAAUUGCUUGGAUGAUAACGAAAACACUUGAGAAUGAGAUUGUUUGAAAGUGGUGAAAGAUAAGAGUGAGAUUGUUUGAAAGUGAUGAAAGAUAAGAGUAAGGAUGAUCAUAUUUAUAGUAGCCAAGAGAGAGAAAGGUAAAGAUGCCUUACCAAGUGAAUCCAUCAAUAUGUUUGAUCAUUUCUACCAUUUAUUAGUUAGUGUAAGUUUUAUCUUUUUAUAAAAAUUAACACAAAAUGUUUAUAUAUUUGCAAUUUAUAUAAAAAUGGGUAGAACCAAAAAAGAUCUAAAUCGAAGCAUAUUUUUCGUUUUUCUUGUCAAAAUUAUAUUAUUAUAGGACAGUACAUACAUUUAUUUUAUGCAUGUAGGUAUGUAGGUAGGUAAGUAGGUACGUAUGUACGUGCAUAUGUAUGUGAAUAUUACAUGAAUUGAGUGUACAAUUGAGUUUACAAUAGAAAUAUGUCUUACCAAAUAAAUGGAUGAA